AUGGCUUCGUCCGAUUAUUAUGUGAAUAAAGUUUCUGGAGUUGACAAAGCCAUGGAAUGAUUGAUAAAAGGUGCAAACUUGGGCUUUUAUUUUGGUCUUUUCUUUGCCAAGCAUGAAGUUAAGAGAAAUGAUAUGGGAUCAUUAAGAUAUUCUGGAGCAUUGAGCUUUUUUGUUAUCAAAAAUAUGCUAGUUGCAGGUGGAAGCUUAGCAACCUUAAUGUUUUUAGUGACAGCAUUAGAAAAGAGUAGGAGAGUCAAUGAUGGGUUAAAUUAUGGAAUUGCAGCAGGAAUCACAUUGACUCUUUGGCAUAAAGCAUGGGAAAUUCCACGCAAUCACCUCGGCAAGUAUAUAAUUUUAUUUUCAUUAGGAGCAGGAUACUUUGGAAAUAUGCUGAAAUAUCAAGAAUAA